AUGGCUACCCCGCCUGUACUAGCUUUCGAUGCUGAGGGCCGCCCAGUGAAGUUUGAUACUUGGCUUGAUGACCUGCACCUCUUCCUACAGCUCACUACCAAGGAGGAUAUCUCACUGUAUGACCACGCCCUCGGCCAUGCUCCUGCCCCUGCUACUGAUGCUGACAGCACUACCCGCUCCCAGUGGCAGACUCGUGACGCCCACGCUCGCUUUGCCAUCCGCAACUCCCUGCCGUUAGAUGAGCGCGAGCACUUCGGCCAGUGCAAGACUGCUAGGGACCUCUACACCGCUGUAGUUGCCCGUUACUCCUCACCCGCUUCUGCUACGCUAGGCCGCCUCACUCUUCCCUACCUGUUCCCCGACCUAGCCUCCUUUCACACUGUCGCAGACCUCAUCACCCACCUUAAGACUAGUGAGGCCCGCUUUCGCGCUGCUAUGCCUGCCGAGGACCACUUCCUCUCUCGCUCCCCCACUGAGCUCACCGUUGACCUCCUCGAGAAGGAACUGCUUGCAGCUGAGGCGAGCAUCGUCGCUGUAGGCACCUCUCGUGGCGACCCCCGCACCCCGUUCUUUGAGGGGUGUUCCCCUUCCCCCCUCCUCCCCUCUGUCGCCUCUGCUGCUGCUGUCGACCUCCUUGGUGCUGAGAAGGUCGGGACCGCGUCUGCUUCGAGCGGGCGCCGCAGGGGCAAAGGGGGCAGGGGCGGGGGUGGCGGCGGAGGAGGUGGGGGUGGAGGCGGUGGGAGUGGAGGCGCGGCUGAGGAGGCUAGUGGCGGCAGUGGGGGAGGCGACAGCAGCGGCGGGAGUGGUGGCAGGGGCGGAGGCGGCAGCGGAGGCGGAGGUGGUCGUGGUGGCGGCAGGGGUGGAGGUGGCCGGGGCGGAGGCGGAGGGGGUGGUGGUCGUGGAGGCACUGGCGGAGGGCAGAGUCAGCAGCCCACCCCGACGCUUCACCACUAA